AUGUCGAACACCAGUGUCCGCGUGGCAGUUCGACACCAAUGGUGUCGAACAACGGCUCCGCGUGGCUGUUCGACACCAAUGGUGUCGAACUCCACUCUGUUCGACACUAAAGGUGUCGAACAAGAGUGUUCGGCACUCAUUCUUCUCAUCCCUUCUCAUGCUGCCAAACAGUCCUACGUAGUAUACUUGGGACAACAUUCCUUUCUUCAAGAGAAUACAGCUUUCUAUGAUCAGAAAGUAUCACAAUCACACUAUGACUUGUUGGCCUCAUUAUAUAGUGGGAAGCAGGACCAACCUGAAAUUUUUUACUCUUUCACAAGAUGUAUUAAUGGUUUUGCUGCAAUGCUUGACGAACAAGCAGCAGAACAACUUAAAAAUAAUCCGAAUGUUCAAUCAAUUCACUUGAACAUAAAAUAUGAACUACAUACGACACAUUCAUGGAAAUUUCUUGGAUUAGAGAACGAUAAUGGAGUUGUUACUCAAAACUCAAUUUGGAAAAAGGCAAAAUAUGGUCAAGAUAUCAUUAUUGCAAAUUUUGACACGGGUGUUUGGCCUGAAUCAAAAAUCCUUUCCAUUGGAGCCUUAAAUGCAGUGAGCAGAGGGAUUACUGUAGUUGCCUCAGCUGGGAAUGAUGGACCAGAUGAAUUUACUGCAACCAAUGUUGCUCCAUGGAUUUUCACCAUUGGUGCAGGCACAACGGAUCGAGAUUUCACUAACACUGUUUUGCUUGGCAACUAUAAGCGUUUGAAGGUAAUUUUUCUAUUAAACCCUGACAUUACUGCACCUGGAGUUAAUGUGCUUGCUGCUUACUCCGAGGCAACUUCGCCAUCUGAUUCUGAAGAUGAUAAGCGUCGGGUUUCUUUUAAUAUAAUAUCUGGCACUUCAAUGUCAUGCCCUCACGUUGCUGGUAUUGUUGGCCUUCUCAAAUCGUUACAUCCAGAUUGGAGUCCUGCUGCUAUCAAAUCUGCCAUCAUGACUACUGCAACAAGAACAGCCAACAAUGGGAAGCAUAUACUUGAUGCAGCUGGGCCAAAUGCCACACCAUUUGCAUAUGGAGCUGGUCAUGUACGGCCAAACCUUGCAGCGGAUCCUGGCUUAGUUUAUGAUUUAACUAUUAAUGACUACCUAAACAUUUUGUGUCAUCAUAACUACAACAUUUCCUUUAUCCGAUCAUUUGGAAAUGCUUCUUUUACAUGUCCUCAUAAUUUUAGUAUUGCUGAAUUCAACUACCCUUCAAUCAUAGUUCUAAAUCUCACAGACUCGACCACUGCGACUCGUAGAGUCAAGAAUGUAGGCACUCCAGGGACAUAUAAGGUUAAUGUCCUGCCACCUCCUGGAAUUUCCGUUGUGGUUGAACCUAAAAGGUUGCCAUUUGCAAAACUUGGAGAAGAGAAGGUGUAUAAUGUUACUUUUAAACCUUCUGUGAAUGGCACCAAGAGAACAGAUUAUGUUUAUGGGGAGCUAAUAUGGUCAGAUAAGAAGCAUAAGGUCAAGACUCUUCUUGUGGUUAAACUUCAGUAG